CCAAUCAAUCGAAAUGAUCGCGCUGCCGCUGCGUGUGUUGGUGGUGGUGAUUGUUUGGGCUGUCGUCGCAGGCACCGCGGACGGCAACUUUGUUGGCCAGUUGACGGUGACCGUCCUCAACGCAACCCUCAGCCAGGCUCGCGACACACACGUGGAUCUGCGACUGGAGGAGGGCACGAUCGAUCGCACAGAGAGCACGGCCGUUGUGUUUGCCAGCUCCGAACCUGUGUGGAACGAGACCUUUGUCUUUGCCAAUGCUGCAUUCGAGCUGUUGGAGAUUAGCUUGCAGACUGCAUCAUCAACACUGUUGAAAUUCACGGUGACGGACUUCCAGACCAACGGCAACUUGCAGUUCUUCAACACAGCGCACAGAAUCCAUGUCUACAUCGAGUUUACUCCAGAUCCACAAGAGUACAACUGCGUGGAUGUGGCGCAGUUGUUUCCGACAUGCAAGCACACAUGUGACGGCCCUGUCCGAAACACGUACACCAUGUGCUGGAGCGACUUCUACCAGGACCACGUCAAGAUCGAUGACUGCGCUGGUGUGGACCGGGCGUGUGUGUGGAGUUCCGGCACGAGCCAGACGUGCCCGGAUGCAGACUUUGUGCCCACAGAUUGCGGUUGCAGCGACCUGUUUCUCAAGAACACGACAUGCGUGACCUUUACCGAUUGCGUCAGCGCGGGCGAUCAUUACGCCAUCGACCGUGUCCACCACAACCUCUGUGUUCCCAUCUCAGAGUGUGGUCCUCAUGAAUACGAGUUUUCACCGCCCAGCACAUCCGUCGAUCGCACAUGCACAUCGUGCCCUGAGGAAUGUGAAGCGUGCAUUGACAAGGAGCAGUGCACAUCUUGCAUUGCCUCGCACGCACUCCAUGACGGGAUCUGCACACCCGAGUGCCCCUACCGCUACUUCAAGAACGCAGAAGGAAUAUGCCAACAGUGUGGCAGCAACUGCGAAACUUGCGAGAUCACGGCAGACACGUGCUUGACGUGCAUUCAGGGCGGAGCACCGCCUUCGUGCACCUCCGAGUGCGACAUCGGCCAGUUUGACUCUGGCUCAACAUGCAGCGACUGUGAUGACCCUUGCCACACAUGCUUUGGGGAUGAUCAGGUCUGCACAUCGUGUUCGGGUGCCGACUUGCUCACCGUUUCCAUGUCGGAGUGCGGCUCCAGCUGCCCCAUCGUCGGCAGCUUUUCGCGUGAUUCAAUCGAGCAACAGCCCAACAUCAACAUCUGCUACCCGUGCCGUUCCGGCUGCGGCACCUGCGACCGGCGUGGCGUGCAGUGCACAUCGUGUCAGGGCGCUGACAAGCUGCGGGACAACGGAAAGUGUACUGACACUUGCCCGCCUGGCCACCUCGUUACUGGUAGCUCGUCGUUUGAGUGCAGGAAGUGCGCCAACGGGUUCAUCUCCACAUCCGGUUCCAGCUGCUCGCCCUGCGGUCUGGGCGAAUACCAGAAGGACGUGGGCGCAUCCUCGUGCGAUAUGUGUCCACCUGGAACGUUUCGCGCGGAUCCUGCCGGGCACGCCCUCGCCAGCUGCACGCCGUGUGAACCCGGCACAUUUUCCGGCGGACACACGUCCAUGUGCAUUACGUGCCACGAUGGGGCCAUUGCCCCAACAUACGGCACACCGUCAUGCAUCCCCUGCCCCGAGAACACGUACAGCCUGGAGGACAAGACACGGUGCUUUCCCUGUCCCCCACGCACCUUCUCGUACCGAGGACAGUUCAAGUGCACAGACUGUGCCGAGAUCUGUGAGUACGGGUGCACGGAAUACGCUGAAAACUGCAUCCCUGCACCGCCAACACCCAUGGCGACGGUCGCUCUCGGCACCACGACUACGACUGUCACCGCAACCACGACGACGCCAAUGCCGGCAAUAACGACGACGGUGGGUGAAGUCACCUCGACAAGUGAGCAGACAACAGUGCAGGACGGGACCAGCACAAGCGAUCCGGGGUCCCUACCACCAUCAGCGUCACCAUCGCCACCACAGCCAUUGACGACGACGACGACAACAACAACAACAAUGACAACCUUGUCACCUUCAUCAGCAGCAUCAUCGUCGUCACCAGGCGCCCCCGCAACGACCACCACCACCACGGCGAGCAGCACGUCGUCUUCGUCGGCGCUCGCUGGCGGAAGUCGCAACAGCAGCAGCAGCAGUGGCACCAUCCCCAUCAUUGCUGGUGCUGCCGCUGGGGCGGUGCUGGUGGCUGCACUCGUAGUCGUCCUCAUUGUGCGGCGGCGGCGACAGACGCGCGUGCACAGCAAAGUGGGCCGGGCUGGGAAGGUGUUGUUGGAGAGCACGAACGGCGCCGAUGGUGGCGGUGAUGGUGAUGGCAGCAGUGUACCACCAGCGGUGCUGUUGUCGGGCUUGAAGAGGAAUCCUGUCUACAGCGCCGCAACCAGCACCGACGAGGCCACCGCCGCGCACACGUGGGACGCGAGCACGUAUGACGUUGUUGACCGGCGUGAUGGCACUGCACCUCAAGCACAGCACUCGUGGAGCAACACGGCGUAUGAUGUUGGAGGGAGUGGAGAAAGCGCCUACGAUGUGGUGCAGUCAACUGUUGGCGGCGACAGCAGCUCAGGACCGCAGCCUGAGCACGCGUGGAAUGCGGCAGCAUACGACGUCGGAGAAGGGGAGCGAGGAAGCGGCAGUCAGUACGUAUAUGCUGCGCCUGCGAAUGUGGAUGUGUGACAGCGCCUUUUCAUGGUCGUUGAGGGUUAGAGGUGCGUGACCAUGUAUGCGACGUUAAGGGUUUCCGAUUCCAGCGAGUAGCUCUCUUCUCCAUGCGAGUUGUAAACAAAUUGCUUCAUGAA